AUGUCUAACUGUAAAUUAGUUUGUUUCUCAAUAAAUGGUAAAUUAGGAGAAUCAUUUCAGGAAUUAAAUAAAAGAUAUAACAGAUAUAGUAUUUCAGAAUUUAAUCUUAAGUUGAGAAACUAAUAAAGUUUGAAAAAGACAAAGGAAUUGAAGUAAAAAGAUGAUAAGAAUUAAAUAGUAGAAUAAGAUUUUUGCAAUAUAGAGUAAAAUAGAUCCUAAUUUAUAUAGACUCUGUCUAGACUAAUCUUAUGAUUAAAUUAGAAUUAUUAAGAUCAUUUCCAUCAACCAUAAUUAGAAGAAAAGGAUUAGAAUCAGUGCUAAAUGUACUUCAAUUAAAAAUUAUCGAGUAAUAAUAUAUUAAUGAACACAAAGAAUAUAAAUCUAUAAUUUGAAAGAUAAUCAAUUAGAUGAUCUUUUAGCUUAAGAACUCUUUAAAACCAUGUAAAAAAAUAAUGCUCUAAAAUUAUAAUGAAUCAAAAAAUCAAAUUGUUAAUAUUUCAUAAACUUUCAUUAAAUAAAUGAUUGAAACUAAAGGAUUCUUUAGGAUAAUUGAACACAUGAGUAUAAAAAGAUCCUCACUAUAUCUUCAUUUGAAUUUAAUCAAAGGAAGCGAAGGUGCUGAACUUUUUAGAAAAUUAGUUGAUAAUAAGAAUAUGUAGAUUUGUCUAAUAAUUUAUUAAGAUGUGGUGGAUGAAAUUUAACUUUUAUUCUUAAAUAAUUCUUUGAAAUAAAUAAAGAUAUGA